AUCGUGGGACUUCGCUCACAGUCUUUAAGUGGUCAGUGCGCAUGCGCUGACUUCCUCUUUUCCGGCUGGAACCAUGGAGGGUGCCGAAGAGAAGAAAAAGAAGGUACCUGCUGCGCCCAAAACCCUUAAGAAAAAGGUUCCUGCUGUGCCAGAAACCCUUAAGAAAAAGCGAAGGAACUUCGCAGAGCUGAAGGUAAAGCGCCUGAGAAAGAGGUUUGCUCAGAAAAUGCUUCGAAAGGCAAGGAGGAAGCUCAUCUAUGAAAAAGCCAAGCACUACCACAAGGAAUAUAAGCAGAUGUACAGAACUGAGAUUCGCAUGGCUCGGAUGGCAAGAAAAGCUGGCAACUUCUACGUACCUGCAGAACCCAAGUUGGCGUUUGUCAUCAGAAUCAGGGGUAUCAAUGGUGUGAGCCCGAAGGUCCGCAAGGUGCUGCAGCUUCUUCGCCUUCGCCAAAUCUUCAAUGGCACCUUUGUUAAACUCAACAAGGCUUCAAUUAACAUGCUGAGGAUCGUGGAACCAUAUAUUGCAUGGGGGUACCCGAACCUGAAGUCAGUAAAUGAACUAAUUUAUAAGCGUGGUUAUGGCAAAAUCAAUAAGAAGCGAAUUGCCUUGACAGAUAACUCUUUGAUUGCUCGCUCUCUUGGCAAAUUUGGCAUCAUCUGCAUGGAGGAUUUGAUUCAUGAGAUCUAUACUGUUGGAAAACGCUUCAAGGAAGCAAAUAACUUCCUCUGGCCCUUCAAAUUGUCUUCUCCACGAGGUGGUAUGAAGAAAAAGACAACUCAUUUUGUAGAAGGUGGAGAUGCUGGCAAUAGAGAAGAUCAGAUCAACAGGCUUAUUAGAAGGAUGAACUAAGAUGUCUACCGUGAUAUUUUUCUAAUCUGGUCAGUUAAUAAACAGUGACUGCUGGCAAAUUGAAA